AUGGAGCUUGUAGGCUCUGUCCGUGACGCCAAUGAUGCCAUCGCUGUAUUGGCCAUUAUGAGCGUAGAGUACGUUCCUGAAAACUUGUCGCGACGUUACCACAAGUCGACAACACGAGUCCUUCGUGCCGUUAUCAGUGGUGAUGGCAUGCUCGAAGCAUUCUAA